AUGUCUGCUCUUGGGGCUUGCUGCACGAUGUUGUUGUCUUCAAACAACUAUUUUUAUCACCAUGCAGGGCUAAUACCUUAAAUACAUGAAUUGAUUAUUGAUAAUGAUACUGACGUUCUUUCUUCUUCCAUUUUUUAUUCACGCUGAAGCCGACUUAUUAAAGGACAAACGAAGAAUUGAAAAAUGGGGUGAUCAAUUUUCGCGGGAAGCGAAUAAUGUUUGGGAAAAGUAUUCUGGUUUGAUGCAUUUUAAGCAUCUUGUUAAUGAAGCUUCGUAUGAAACAAAAUCGAUCCAAGGAUGCGAUAUUUUGAAAAAUAUUUCAAUCGACAUUGACAAAAAUUUGCAAGAUGUCAUAAGAUCUUUGCUUUUAAAUAAACUAAUCCUGGAAUCUGAAUACAGGCUACAGAAAAAUAUAUCGUCAAAAAUUGUUGAUUGUUGCAGCUCCGAUGUCAUAAAACGAUAUGAUGCAAGAUUCGGAAUCAACGUCAACAGAAGCAAAUCUUGUGUGCUUUCACCGUCAAAGGAUCAAUUUCUGACCUCUGCACAAGAAAAAAAUUACAAGAAAAAUAUUUUAUCGACUAAAGCUUUAACAUGGCAGUAUUUUGGCUCUUCACAAGGAGAAUAUCACGAAUACCCUGCUUCAUCACGGAAAUGUCACAAAACGAAAAAGUUCGAUCCACGAUUAAGUUCAUGGUACGCACACGGAGCUAUGACGGUCAAAAAGAAAGUGGUCAUAAUCAUUGACUACAGCGGCUCAAUGAAGAAUAAAAAUCGGAUGUUAUUGGCUCAAAACGCAGCGUUGACUGUACUCAGUACUCUUACUCCUGAUGACUAUGUAACUGCUAUUGCAUUUUCAAGCACAGUGAAAUAUCCUCCAAACUGUUUUGGUAAAACGCUGGCCAAGGCAACGCUGUCAAAUGUUAAUUUUCUUAAAAAGUGGAUAACUGGACUUAACAAACCGGAAGCACUGACCUACUACUCUACAGCAUUGACGGCUGCAUUUCAUUGCUUAGUAAAUUUACCGUCAGAUAUUAAGUUUCAGGGAAGAAAUAUUAUACUAUUUCUUACGGAUGGUGAUCCAAAUGACGAUCCAGAAACAAAGAUUCAUCCAGCAGCUGCUAACGGACAAAAAAAACUGAAUAACUCUGUUAGUAUCCUCAUUUAUGGUCUGGGGGAUAGCAUUGCAAGAAAUAACGACGGAAAGAAAUUUCUUGCAAAACUUGCAAGUGACAAUAAAGGCCAUGUUUCCUAUAUUAGAGAUAACAUGAAAAAUGAACUAAGUUUUCAAUUGGGGAGCUAUUAUCAAACAUUUAUUAAGGACAAUGAGAUAGGUAACCUUGCAUUUCAAAAGCAAACCAUUCAAUCAAGUGUAAUGAUAGAUAAAGUUUCACAACUUGCUGUUGAUGGUUUUGUUGACGGAAAUUGUUCGCAAACAAAAUAUGAAGAAAAUCCUUGGUGGAGGGUUGAUUUAAAAAAAUCAUACAGUAUAAUGGCUGUGGUCAUAGUUAACUGUUGUCAUAAAUCCUUUAAAAAUGUUGAAGUUCGUAUUGGUGAUGAUGAAAAUGAACAAUCCAACAAAAUAUGUGGAUUAAUCAGUGUUUUAAAAGAUAAAGAAAACAACGUUUUAAUGUGUCGAUCCAACAUAAUUGGUCGUUAUGUUCACUUAAGCGUUCGCGGAAGGAAUAAAAGUCUUUCCUUAUGUGAAGUUCAAAUUUAUCAAACUUUAGCUCCAUCAUCUACUCUAUCUAUGCCUUGCAUAGAUGAAAAUGGUUCAAUGUUUGGAGUUACUGCUGUUGAUAAUUCAUUGAAAAAUGUUUUCUCUCAGCUCCUUUCCUCUUCGUUUGGGCAAUAUUCGUAUGGUUUUGUUCUUGACAUAAAAGGGAGAAUAUGGAUACAUCCUAGAUGGCAAGUUAUUGAUGGCUCUGAACUAAUGCCUUUACUUUUUCCAAUACAAUUAUACGAAACUUGGGCUAAUACUGAAAAAUUGAAAACAAUCUUAAAACAAUCAAUUGGUCAUAUGAAGUUGAGAAAGAUUUCACUGCAGUCAAUCCAUUCAAACAACACGGAGAUUGUAGUGAAUGCCAGUGUUCACUGGAAAAGGCUUAGAGAUAUGUUUAUUGUAGUUUUAGUUGUGGUGGAAAAUGAUUUUGAUUUGUUUCUGAGGCCAACGAAUUCAUCCAGUUUACACAGCUAUGUUGUUGAAGAUAGCAAGAUAAACAGAGAUGGCGAUAUAUGUCAAGUAAAUGGUCUACCUAUCUUCACUAAAUCAUCUACAAUCAAUCUUCCAUUAUGGAUGGAAAAACUCUCAAAUAAAACAGCAAAUGAUUUAUCUGACUUUGUUACUGCAAUUCAUGCAGACAAAAUUGCCAAGAAAACUCGUGGUUCUCAUUCAAACAUUAUGUUCGACUUAAUGAGCGCUGAUUUUUUUGAUCAACUUUGGAGAAGAGCAAAAUAUGACGAUAAAAGUGGAUACGAAAUAUUGUCAAGAUAUGUAGGCUCAGAAAGUGGUAUCUAUCUACGAUAUCCUGGUUCUUUAUUCACGGAAUAUUUGACCCACAAAAAUAGAUUGUGGUACAAACAAGCUUAUCACCAUCCUGAAAAAUUGUCAAUAAUCCAUUCUGAGACUUCUACUCUGUAUCAUCAAGGAGCUUUUGUCUCUCUUAGUAAAGCAAUCGUUAAAAGGUCCACCAAAAGACAGUUACAUCUAACUGAAGAUUUUAUAGACUGGAAAGCAAGGACUAUUGGCAUAGCUGGAGUUGAUAUCUCAUUAACGUCCUUUUAUAGAAUGGCUCUGAAUGAGAUGCCAGGUUGUCUUUCUGAUUACGAUUGUUAUUUCAUGGAUCAAUUUGGGUAUUUAUUUCAUCUCACUUCCACGGGACAAAAACAACUUGCUCAUAUAACCAAAAAGUUUUCUUGGAUUGCGAAACAGUUGGUUGAAAGCAAAAGAGUUUUAAAGCCAAGAUGGUGUAACGACUUCAUAAACUUCAAAAUUCUACUCUCAUACGAGUGUAAUAUAACCGAAGCAAUAGUGUCACAAUCAUUAGAAACUUGUCGACAAUUCAUCAUACUUCCAUUGGAAAAUGUCAGCUCUUCGUUAUUGAUUGUUCCAUCCAGAAAAUUGCACACCAACUGCAAAGAUACUUUACAUAAUAAUCAUUUUGAGGCCUGCUAUUCGUCGCCAACAUGUAAAACAUGUUUGAUAGAUGUCUCAGAAUGCCAGACGCCUUGCUCGUGUUCAAUGUCAUUUCAUCAAUGCAGCAACACAUUAAUGAAAACAUUCACUUCAAAUACUUGUCUGGCUUCAUUUAACAAGAAAAAAUAUUUGAGCAAUGAAGUAGACCGACCCAAAUUCUUAAACUUGGAAACCGUAGCUGAAUGUAAAAAAGAUUGUAACACUGCUUCAAGUAAACAUGAAUGUUUAAGAAUCAGUAAUUGUAGCUGGUGCGAAAAUAUUUUUACAUCUUGCGAACGAUUUUGUCCGUUUAAUAAACGCCAAGUCUUUGGUUUGGAGUUUGAUGAUGAUGUAAAUAAGCUCAUGUUUACAUCUAAAUUUGAUCGAAAAAGAGCGAAGAAAAAUUUACAGCAAGCAAUCUAUAAUUGUCUUGAUGAGAAACUUGAAAACGAGAUAGAAAAUAUAAAUUUCACGAAGAAUUCUAUCUUUGCAAGUAUUAAUGGAUCCCAGAAGAUCGACACGAACAAAAAAUUAAGGAGAAUAAGGAGAAGUGUAAAUUCCGAAAAAUUUCGUAUAGAAAUUUCUCAUGGGAAUGAAAAGAAGACAAUCUCGCCGAGGAAACUUAUUAUCUUAGAUGUGAAUGAAUGUGACGAAAAAUUAGACGAUUGUCACAGAAAUGCAACUUGUAACGACAGUGAAAACUUCUAUGUUUGUUCCUGCAAACAUGGCUUUGUUGGAGAUGGGAAAAAUUGUACAGAUAUCAACGAAUGCAGUCACUUUCCUUGUGACUCCAACGCAAAAUGCCAAAAUGAUAUUGGAUCUUUUAAAUGCCACUGCUUGAGUGGAUUUACUGGAAAUGGUUUUGAAUGUUUUGACAUCGAUGAAUGCAAGCAAAGUUUGUGUUUUGACCCUAAAGCUCAAUGUAUUAACAUACCUGGAUCAUUCAACUGCACUUGCACGGAAGGUUAUUUUGGAAGUGGAUUAUUUUGUUCAGACUAUGACGAGUGUGAGAAAGCGCCUUGCCAUAUUCAUGCAACUUGUGUUAAUGUUCCUGGAUCAUACUUGUGUACAUGUAUGGACGGAUAUUCCGGUAAUGGCACGUUUUGUGAAGAUCGUGAUGAAUGUGAUAAAGAUAGUCCUUGUCAUUCCAACGCAACCUGUAUUAAUGUACCAGGAUCAUUCCAAUGUCAAUGUUUGCCUCAAUUUAUCGGAAAUGAUACUUUUUGUCAAGAGGAAAUUGUUAAAUUGCCUGACAACUUAGAAACAAGUCAUUCCUUUCCAACUGUCGGUUCUAAAUUGAAAAAAAGACGCAAAAAUUAUACAAUACUUCUGAUCAUUACAUCAACUACUGUUGGUAUAAGUUCUGGGCUUUGCUGCAUAUGGUUUUCAUUUAUACGAAAAAAGAAAAACAGUAUUCGUCCUCAAGAAAGCUCAAAAGAAAUUAUUAAAAACAUAGGCAAGAGUUUUGCCGCGAAACAAAUAACUAAGGAUAAAAACAAAAACGUUUUUAUGGUGAAUGGCUCCGGAGCUGUUAUUGAAAUGACUGAAAUUGAAAUAUGACACAAUUUAUGUAAUAAAAGAGAUCUUUAUUUGGUUUAAUUACCGUAUAAAGAUUUGUUUGGUUGUUACGUUAAAAACAAAACAGAACUUGUCAUUUCAUCAUCAGCAUUUUCAAAAUUUCCUGUAGCUUCGAGAGACGGAAUGAUUGUAAUGGGUGGAGGAGGGGCUUUUAUAUAACGUGAUUUUUUCAAUCGUCGACGAGUAUAAAAAUUUAUAUGAUUAUUUGUAUCACAAAUUUUUGAAUAUCGGUAUUUAUUGUAAGGAAGCAUAUACGUAUGACAACGAAUAUGUUACAAAUGUUAUAUAAGUCUAUUAUGCAUACUCGUGACGUUACGCAAUUGUUAAUAAUAAAAACACUUGGGACAUA